AUGAAUGGGCAAAAACAAAGCAUUUUAGAUGUUAUUGAAGGAAAUACUUAUUUUAAAGCCUAAAUUUAAGAAUAGGAAGUAUAAACUAAGAAAAAUAAUUUAAAAAAUAGGAUAUAAUAAUUAUCUAAAAUAAUUAGCGUCAAAUACCCAUAAACCAAUAUAAAUAUAUAAAAAGAUUUUGAUGAGGAUACAUAUAUUUUGAAUAUACCUUUAGAGAGUUAUCCUGGAAAUUUUGUAAUUUUAUUUCAAAUAGCAAUUAAAUCAAAGGAGUAAGAUUUUGAAUUCAAGGCUUUUAUUUGUGAUGAAGAUGGUAAAUUAUAAAUCCAUCAAAAAGUAUAUCUAAUAAUAAAAGUAUUAGCUACUUAGACUAUAAGUUUGUAGAUUUGCUUUACGACUGAAUCAUGGACUUCGUGUAGGGAGUUUUUUUAUCAAUCCUGUCUUUGGAGACAUUGGUUUUAAUUUAUAAUGUAUAAAUACUUAAAAGGAUCUUUUUUUUAAUACUAACUGUGAUUUAGAUUAAUUUGUUGCAUUUCUGGAUAAUUUAAUUAUGACUGCUAUUUACUCAAUUAGAUUUCCUUUUUUAAGAAUAAUGUUUAUGAUUAAUAAAAUAAACAAAAAACAAUUUGCAUUAUAUGAAAAAUAUUUUGAAUAAGUGAAAUAAAAAUAACAACCUUAAUAUAAUUGGAAAAAAAUCCCAAAAGAUGCUGAAAUAGUAUUAGGUAGGAUCAAAAAAAUUGUUAAAAAGUAUAAUUUAUAUUUUAAAAUAGAUAAAUGCAUUUAGAAUUCAGCUAAUAAGAAUAUGCGAGUUUUGGUCCAAUAAUUUAAAAAUAAUUUAUGGUUCAAAAUGAAUGUUUGAUGGAGAUUAUUCCAGUAAAUUAGAAUGAUUUGUAAGUAAAUAAAGAAUGUUAAAUAAAUAAAGGAGGCUUUUGCAAUAUUUAUUCAAAGAAAAUAAGUUUUAAGUUGAAAAAGAAUGAUGGAUCUGUAUCAUAACUUCAAGAAAGGUCUCUUGUUAUUAAGGUUGAUAAAAUGUAGUAAGAAGAUAAAAUAAAAAAGGAAGUUGAGAUUAUAAAAGUAUUAAGUUAAGUACGAUAAGAUAUAUAGACCAAGUAAUAUAUAUAUAUUAAAAUAUUUAGUAAUUCUUCUUUUUCCUUUUCUGGUUGUUGUCCAUUUAUUGCUUAGUUUUAUUAUUUAAAAGAUAGAUCUGAUAUACUUUUGAUGGAAAGAUAUUAUCAUUCUUCAUUGGAUUAUUUUAUGGUGACAUAAUAAGAAGUCUUAACUUUAUCUACAAGAAUUUUUAUUGCUCUUAAUAUUGCUAAGGGUUUAAGAUACAUUCACAAUUAUGGAAUUAUACAUACAGAUAUAAAACCAGCAAAUAUUAUGAUAUCCAAAACAUUAAUAGCAAAAAUAACUGAUUUUGGAGAGGCUAUAAAUACUAGAAAUAUAAUUGAUGGUUAAAGGCCAGGAAAAACAAUUCCAUAUUGUCCUCCUGAAUAUUAUUAAAAUUUAGAGGCUAAUUAAUUAACAUAUGCUUAUGAUAUAUAUUCAUUUGGUGUAUUAUUGUUUGAACUGUUAUUUGAUCGAUACCCUAUUGUAAUUAGAUAAUAUAUACUUAAUAGGAUUUUAGAAUUUAGAAGGAUAAAUUGUAAACAUAGAAUUAUUUUGUUAGAUAUAAGGAAGAAUAUCAAAAAUUAGUUGGACCAUAGUAUUUAAUGAAAUAUUUAGGUAGAUUAUGUAUUUAAUGUAAGAAAAAAUUCAUUAAAAUUAUUAGGUUUAUAGCCUGACGAAUAAAAAAGACCAAAUCUUGAUAAAAUAAUAUUGGUUUUAAUAGAUAGCUUAAUGUUUUUAGAUUUGGUUUAUUGA